AAGUUCAAGUUCUCAAAAUGAGUUAUGCUGAUCAAGAAAAUGAUUCACUGAGUGCUCUUUAUGAGGUUUCAUUGAGAGGUAAUGUAUCUGAGUUAGACACUCUAAUAGGGAGAGACCCUCUUAUCCUACACAAGCUUCCAUUAACAACCUUCACUGAAACUCCCUUACACAUAUCAGCUUUACUUGGCCACCUUGAUUUCACAAAGUCUCUUCUCAGACACAAACCUCAACUUGCCCUUGAGUUGGACCAUUCCAAACGCACCCCUCUUCAUCUAGCUUCAGCACAAGGCCAUGUAGAGAUUGUCCAUGUGUUGUUGCAAACAUAUCAUGAACAUGCUUGUUUGAUGAGUGAUCAAGAUGGAAGAAUUCCUAUUCACUAUGCAGCUAUGAGAGGACGAACAGAAAUAGCAAGACAACUGAUUAUGGCAAAGCCUGAGUCAUUGAUGGUGCUUGAUGGAUCAGGAAAAACUGUGUUGCACCUAUGUGUUGAGCACAAUCACUUGGAGACCUUGAAAACAUUGGUGCAAGUGCGAGAUCUUAGUGGUAAUGAUUUUCUAAACAAAACAGACUUGCAUCAUGGGAAUACCAUUUUGCACUUCGCUGUUACCUUGAAGCAAGUUGAGACUAUAAGGUACUUGCUUUCGAUACCCAAAAUAAGAGAAGAAGCAAGCAUUGAGAAUAAGAUGGGUUGUACUGCUUUGGACAUGUUAGUGGAUGCUGUCAUAAUGAACAAUGGAAUGAACCAAACACAUUCACUACCAUCACUUAAUCCAAAUGAAAAGUAUUGGACAAAGAAUUUCAAACUGGGUAAAAGGUUCUUACAACAUCAGGGUGAAAGGCUGGAAGAAAUGAGAGGGAUGCUUAGUGUGGUAGCUACAAUGAUCUCAGCCAUGACCUUUAAUGCUGUAAUGAACCCUCCAGGUGGUGUUAUACAAGCAAAUGGUUCAGACUUACGUAGUUGGAAAAACAUGUUAAGUAAUAAUGUGAAGGAUGCUAUGGAAUUACAACCUGGGAGAGCAGUAUUCUUAACUACUCAAGAAUCUGACUUUGAAAGUUUUGUAAUGUUCAACUCCAUCUCUCUGGCUGCAUCACUUAGUAUUACUCUCUUACUUGUGAGUGGAGUCCCCUUAAAGAAUGAAGUCACCAUGGGGAUCUUAUCAAUAGGAACGUGUGUCACUCUCACAUUUCUUAUGCUUUCCUAUUUUUUCGGAGGGUUCAUGUUGGGUUUGAAGUCAGUUAAUCACGUAUUUUUUUUUUGGCUUUAUUUUUGGCUUGGACUUCUUGGGCUAAUUGUUGUCUUCACCAUGAUCCGCGUAAUUUCUUGGCUAGUAAAAGUUAUCAAACAUGGAUAAAGGGUUUACAACUAAAUCUGGGUUGUGCACACAAGUUGAAUUAGGCUAUUUUAUGUAUGCAAUACUUUUUGAGAAUUCUAUGUUGGUUAUGUACGAUGGUUGAUUUUGAUUGGACUAUGUAAUUGUUUGUU